GACGUGAGCUGGUUCGACACCAAGGAGGUUGCUGCUCUGCCUGCCGAAAUCAAUGAUGACCUGGAAAAGAUCCAGGAUGCCUUCGGAGACAAGUUCGGCAACGGAGUCAUGGCUGCUUCUGCAUUCUUGGGUGGGUUUGGCUGUGCGUUUGGCAUGGGCUGGCUCAUUGCCUUGGUCAUGUGCUCCAUUUUGCCUUUCAUGGGCGUGGGCGCUGCCUUCAUGGGAAAGGCAGUUCAAGAAAUCCAGAAUGAGUCGCAGAGCUGGUAUGCCAAAGCCUCUGCUGUUGUGGAGGAGUGCUUGAAUGCCAUGCGCACCGUGGUUGCUUUCGGCGGAGAGCACCGCGAGCUCAAGAAGUUCUCUGCUGCACUCGUGGAGACCCGCCGAGGUGGUGUCAAGAACGGCUUCAAGGUUGGUGCAGGAAUGGGGUACACCAUGAUGAUCGUGUUCUUGGGCUACGGUCUUGCCUUCUGGUUCGGCAUGACUCUGCGCUACAACGAUGAGAUCAACCCGGCCACCGGAGAAGCUUGGAACCCGGGAACUAUCAUGGCCAUCUUCUUCUGUAUCUUCAUUGGCAGCUUCAUGAUUGGCAACCUUGAUCCCAGCCUGAAGGCAAUGAAAGCUGCACAGACUGCCGCUGGGCGCUUCUUCCAGGCCGUGGAGAACAAGCCAGCCAUUCAAUGCCGUAUCGAGGACAAGCGACUGGACAUCACGAGCAUCGAGAAGUUCCAGUUUGAAUCUGUACACUUCACCUAUCCUGCAAGACCGGAUGUGAAGGUCCUGAACGGCCUUUCCUUGACCAUCGAGCGCGGCCAGAAGGUUGCGGUGGUCGGCGAGUCGGGCUCUGGAAAGUCUACCGUCAUGGCCCUCCUUGAGCGCUUCUAUGACCCAGACUCCGGCGCUGUGCUGGUGAACGGCCAGAACAUGACGAGCUUCAAGAUCUCGGCUUUGCGCAAGUGCAUCGGCUAUGUGGGACAGGAGCCCGUCCUCUUUGCAAGCUCAAUCCGGCACAACAUCAUGCAGGGCAACCCAUCUGCCAGCAAGGAGGAUUUUGCGAAGGCAUGCUCUGAUGCCAACCUGAGCUUUGUCGACAACUUGCCCGACAAGUACAACACCUUCGUGGGCAGCGGCGGCGGCCAGCUCUCCGGAGGCCAAAAGCAGCGCAUUGCCAUCGCCCGGGCCUUGUUGAAGAAGGCUUCUUUCCUCUUCUUGGACGAGGCAACUAGCGCCCUGGACAACACUUCUGAGAAGAUGAUUCAGGCCACGAUUGACAGCAUCAGCGCCACCGCCGACGGCGGCUUGGGAAUCGUAAGCAUCGCGCACCGACUCAGUACCGUGCGCAACGCUGACCUCAUCUACGUUCUCAGCCGCGGCACUUUGGUGGAGAAAGGCAACCACGCCUCUCUCAUGGAGAAGAAGGGCACCUACUAUGCUCUCGUGGCAGCUCAGGAGUCCUCGCACAAGGCCGACGAAGGAGAUGAAGCACCCCCUGUGCCGCACGACAACACUCACGCGAUGGUAGUGAAGCGCUCAUCAACCAACUCCGGCGACUCCGAGACUGCACGCGUGAGGAAGGAGAAGGAAGCAGAGGCCGAACGCGAGAAGGAGAUCACCAAGAAGUACAAGGUGCCCAUGGGCCGACUCCUCAGCUACAACAAGCCAGAGUGGCCCUUCUUUGUGCCUGCCGUCCUUGGAGCCAUGGUUGACGGCUCUGCCAUGCCAGUCUGCACGAUUGCACUUGUCGGCUCCAUGGAGGGCUUCUUCAAGACGGACAAGGAAGAGAUGAGGCGUGACUUGGAGCUGAUGUCUCUGAUCUUCGUUAUCAUCGGCGUGAGUGCUUUUGUCGGCUCUACCAUCUCCCAUGGCUGCUUCUCCAUCCUUGGCGAAGCCAUGACUCAGCGCCUUCGCGUGGCCAUCUUGACUGGCAUGUUCCGCCAGGAGGUGGGCUUCCACGACAACCCGGCCAACACACCAGGAAUGCUCUCCAAAGCACUGGAACUUUGGGCCUUCCGCGUGGCCACGCUGUGCAAGUCCAUCCAGGCCAAGGCUGCGGCGAUGAGCUCUUUGGUGGUCGGUCUCGUGAUCGCUUUCGUCUACUGCUGGCAGAUGUCCCUGGUGAUGUUGGGCUCCAUCCCCGUCAUGAUUGCAGCACAGGCCCUGCAGAUGUUGGUGCUGCUGGGUGCCUCAAAGAAUGAGAACGAGAACAUCACCAAUGCCAAUCAGAUUGUCGUGGACUCCGUGAUGAACGCUCGCACGGUGCAAGCGUUGGGCGUGGAGAAGGGCCUGGUGGGCAUGUACGUCGGCUGGGUUGAGAAGUCCUUGGUGGGCAUGUGGAGGCGCAACAUCCUUGCGGGUCUGGGCUUCGGCGUCUCCAACGGCAUCAUGUUCUUCAUCAUGGCCGGCGGAUUCUACGUCGCCUCCUUCCUGAUCAAGGAGGGCGUCGCGGACUUCCAGGGUGUGAUGAUGGCCUUCAUGGGCAUCUUCUACGCAGGCAUGGGAGCUGGUCAAGCUGCUGUGAUGGUGGGCGAUGCAACGAAGGCGAAGGUGGCAUGCCACGACAUGUUCCAGCUCAUGGACCGUGUAUCUGCCAUUGAUGGCCUGGAGCCCGUUGGAGAGACCCCGAAGGAGCUGCAGGCUGGACAGAUCGAGUUCAGCGAUGUCAAGUUCUUUUACCCCUUCCGCCCGGAGGUCCAGGUGCUCAAAGGCAUCACCUUCCGCAUCUCUGCCGGGCAGUCGGUGGGUUUGGUUGGCCCCUCUGGUGGAGGCAAGAGCACCGUGAUGUCCUUGAUUCAGCGCUUCUACGACCCCCAGGAGGGCAACGUGUUCAUUGGCAGCGACCGUGUUGCUCUGAAUACCGUCAACAUCCGCUGGUGGCGUCGUCAGAUUGGUUUUGUUGGGCAGGAGCCAAUCCUCUUCAACACCACGGUGCGAGCCAACAUCCUGUAUGGCUUGGAUGACGGUGAGACUGUCACCGAUGAGUACAUCAGCCAAUGCGAGAAGAUGUCCAACCUGGCAUUCCUGUACAAGAAUGGCAACAAGGGCCUGGAAACAGAUGUGGGACCCCGCGGCAGCCGCCUGUCAGGUGGCCAGAAGCAGCGCGUGGCCAUUUGCAGGGCGCUCAUCCGCAAUCCGCCAGUCAUGCUCCUGGACGAGGCCACCAGCGCUCUGGACACGCAGAGUGAGGCGAUCGUGCAGAAGGCUCUGGAGGCCGCACGCGAGGGUCGCACCUCCUUCGCCAUCGCGCACCGGCUGUCCACCAUCCAAGGCUGCGACGUGAUCCUUGUGAACGCCGACGGCCGGGUCGUGGAAAAGGGAAACCACGACGAGUUGAUGGCCAUGAAGGGAGUGUACUACAAGCUGCAGAUGCAAGCCCAGAAGUGA